AUGCCGGCCACGGCGGGAAGGAUUGGCAUGCCCGCAGACAACCGCCUGAGCGUGUCAGACUCGCUGAAGACAACGGAAGUCUGGCAAAAGACUGUGGGCUACGACCCCUACGCCGGCGAGGACGAGGUGCAGAACCAGGUGAGCGAGGGCGGGGAGAUCAACAAAGCUGCAAAGGGACUCUUCAGGCUGGCGCAGCUCACAGGCCACUCCUCUACCCUUGCACCUGGGGCUUGCAAGAGGUGUGGAUCCGUGGGCCACUUGUACUUCCAAUGCCGGAACAUGUUCUCGCUGAAGAAGGAAGACAAGAAGAACGAGCAGUUCGUAGCUGAGCCCGACGAGGACGAUGAUGACGUCGAAAGCAACGAGCUCCCGAGCUCUGAGUCUGGUGACAGCGACGACUCGGACUCAGACGAUUCCGAUGACGACGACUCCGACGAGUCUGAGUCAAGCUCGAGCUCGAGCCACAAGAAAAGGAAGCGGAAAAAGUCUUCCAAAAAGGACAAGAAGGACAAAAAGAAAAAGAAGGACAAGAAGAAGGACAAGAAGAAGAGCAAGAAGCGGAAGAAAUGA